AUGGCAGGCUGGAGGGCAGCUGUGGCGGCAGAGCGCUAUCGCCAACUCGCUCCAAUAGGCUUACAUCUGGGCCGCGUCGCUUUGAGCGCCGUGUCGCCGCCAAUUACGGGCAAGCAGCAGUCGGCGUUCCCGUCACUGAGUCAGGGCCCUGACUCAGCUCUCCAGAGGCCGCCGCCGCCGCCGCCGCCGCCGCCGCCGUCAGGGGACUUUUCUCUGCCGGGAACACUCAGUCGUGCCACUGUCCCACCCACAGGCUGUGUAAGCUGUGACUCUACCCAUACCGCGCAGUCACCGUCUUCUCGGCCUCCUGGUGCAGCAAGGGCGGGUAAGGUGCGUGGGUGGGCGGGCGUGCCUGCGGAGCGCUUCCAGGCCUCUGCUCUGGGUUGGGCCGGGCCUGCGGUCUCGGCAGAAGAGGCGGCCACUCGAGCAGAACGAAAUCUGAGAAACGCUACUCAUCUUGCAAACCGGAGCUGCCCGUCCCUGGACAAGGUCGUCUCCCUGGAGACUGCCUCCGCCAGUGGUUGUCCAGCUCCUGGAGAUGACCCCCGCGAGGGUUAUUCAGCACGUGUUCACACCGUGUACGCUGCCGCCCGCUACCCUUCUCAAGAUUAG